AUGAGUUCUGCGCACCGUUUUGCCAAUCUCCUGAACGCCCUAUUACCAAAGAACUUUGAGGCAGUCAAGGACCCAUCCCUAUGUUUACGUGACUGCAUCCAGCGCUACAUGGACCUAAUGGAGGAUCCGAGUGAGCUGGCCAGCACCUUCGUUGGCUCUGAAGUCUUCGACGCCCACGUUGCCUGUUGUCUCACCCUUCUCAGUAGCAUGGCCACUUCACAGGACUUGGGUGCUGAAGCUGUUGAAGGUCAGGGGAAGCCCCUCUUCAGUAUCUAUCAGACACAACAAUUGUCCAAGUGUGUGGAGUUUGUCGUUUGCCUCGGUGUUUAUCCCUUCCUCUCACCGGGGGUUUCAGCUCCCCUGGAGAUGCGCAUGGAACACUGGGAAAAUUUCGCACUUCCCCAACGGCAGGAUGAACCAGAUAAACGGCAGAAAUUAUCGAAGAUUGCCAACUGUUUUGCCGCGCUCUGGCAGUCGCCAACGCCCGAACUCCGGGGUCUUCUGACACCGAAUCUCUUUUUGGGCGACUAUAUUGCUGUUCUACUGCAGUUGGGCUACGAACCCCUUUCGUCAGUCGCUCUCCCCGACAAGCAGCAGCAGCAGAAGGAGGAAGCGGAGGAGAAAGAGGGCAUUAUUCGUCAAACACGGGAGGCUCGUUGUCUCCUGCACAACCUUCUUUCAGACCUGCUGCGACCUAUCGCACUGCGCGAACUCUUCUUCUUCCAAGCAGGCUUUUGCCAAAGUAAAGUGAGUUGUCACCAAUCAACGGUUGUGGAGGCUAAAUAA